UGAAAAAUGAAAUUCACAAAAACUCAAAUAUUAUUUUUUUUUUUUUUUUUAAAUUGGAAUGUUAGCAGAUCAGUGAAAAUCAAUACACCCAUCGGCAUGAGCAAGUGCCGCGUCAAUCUCACGCUUCUGGAUUCGACCACUGAAACUCACUCUCGUCUUAGAGCUUUCAUGGCCAAAAUUAGAUCUGGGAAACGAGACUUGCAUACUUACACCAUUAGAGGCACGGAUGAAGUUGUUAAAGCUGGAGACUGUGUGUUGAUACGUCCUCCGCCAGAAAAGAGCAGUGCUCCUCCAGGUGUGGCACAUGUGGAGGGAAUUGAAGCCGAUGAUAGUGACAAUGUGAAACUGCGAGUUAGGUGGUACAACCGCCCUGAGGACUCAUGGGGAGGGCGGAGGGAGUUUCAUGGGGCAAAAGAGCUAUUCCUUUCAGAUUGCUAUGAUCUCCAAUGUGCCAAUGCUAUUGAAGGGAAGUGCACUGUUCACACCUUCAAGGCCUAUGUUAAUAAACUGCCAAAUGUGGGGCCAAAGGAUUUUUAUUAUCGGUUUGUGUAUAAAGCUGCAACCGGUACCUUUGUACCCGACUCAGUCAUAGUGUAUUGCAAGUGUGAGCUUCCUUAUAAUCCAGAUCAGUGGAUGAUACAAUGUGAGGAGUGCAAGGACUGGUACCAUCCUUCAUGUGUGGGCAUGUCUGUUGAGCAGACAAAAGAACUUGAUCAGUAUGUUUGCUCUGAUUGUGUAUCUGAUCAGAAUGUGAAUAACCUUGAGGACACAGAGUCUUCUUCUUCAACAAUAACUAAUUAACAGGACAUUAAUGAAGAAAGACAAUGAUGCAUUUUUGACAUCCUUUCCGUGACCCCUUUCUCCCUAUCAUUUAUCCAUAUGAUGAAAAUAGAGGUAGGAUGAAGACUGGCCAAAGCUAAUGAAGAAUGGGGGAUUCUUAUUAGUUAUACCUUGGGAGCGUGUUUUUUUUUUUAAUUUUGUGUAGAGAAAUGGAAUGUCAUAUCUUCUCUACGUUAACCUGGUUAGUUAUGGUCGCAUGCAUGAAUUAUGCUGUAAUCCAGUAAUUUUGUCAUUUUCUUAUUACUGCUCAUUUAUAUCUUGGAUAUACAGUAUAGUUCCUGCCUUUUAACAUCUGGUACAUUAAUUGCAAUCAGUUAUAAAUGACUCGGUUCUGGUCGGGUUAGUAUCAGUAA